AUGGCGUCGACGGUGUGUGUAUCUAAGUGCCGUCUCUUAGCUAAAUUAGAAAUAAAUCGUGGAUUGUGUUUAUCUUCGAUAUUUAGAGAUUUAUCAAAUAACAGAGAAUCAUGGUGUCGUCGGUGGCGGCCUACACGUCGAUCAUUUUUCACAAGCGUGUGUGUGCAUGGUUCCAAAGCUACACCUACAAAACUUGACCCCGACAUGUCUGACGGUAAGAGA